CCUCAGCAUCUGCAGCUCUCUCCCCAGAAGACAAGCGCCGUGCUGCUGUUCACACACCAGCUCCGAUCUCAUUCACUGCUAGUUCUGCUUAUAUACCGGUGUCAUUAAGUGCAUAUUCUUCUUUCUAAAUUCUUGAACAGCUCGUUUAAAGAUGUUGGCAUGCACCGAGAUGAUCACGAUGUGUCUCCAGUCGGCGAAGCGCGAGCAUCUCCGCUCCAAACAGCAGCAGCAGCAUCAGAUGCAGGAUGCGGUUCACGGACUGUCCAUCUUUCACGAUAUUUUCCGUCGAGCUGACAAAAACGAUGACGGGAAACUGUCCUUCGAGGAGUUCAAAGCCUACUUUGCUGAUGGGAUACUGACAACCGACGAGCUGCGUGAGCUUUUCUACUCCAUCGAUGGACGGCAAACCAAUAACCUCGAUACAGACAAGCUAUCAGAUUACUUUUCCAAGCAUCUUGGAGAAUAUCUGGAUGUGCUUUCAGCAUUAGAGAAACUCAAUGUUGCCGUCCUAAAGGCCAUGGACAAGACGAAGGAGGAGUACCAGGGUUCGUCUGUUCUGGGGCAGUUUGUGACCCGCUUCAUGUUGAAGGAGACGUCCAGUCAGCUGCUGUCGCUCCAGAUGUCUCUUCAGUGUGCAACGGAGGCUGUGGAGGCUCAGAGCAGCACCUCUCCGGUUGAGGUUAAAGUCCCGGAGCAUCUGGUCAUACAGAAGAACAACAGAAGAUGUGGCCGUCGAGUGCAGAAGAACAUGUGUCUGUCCCCGACUGAUCCGUACUCGGGCAUUCUCACUACUGGUGUUACAGUGGAUACAGAUGAACACUGGUGCUCUCAGAUCAACAGACUACAGCAGCUCAUCGACAAACUGGAGUGUCAGAGUCCAAAGUUGGAGCCGCUAAAAGAAGAUACACUGGCCAGCACAUACAAAUCAAACAUUCUUCUGGUGCAGAGACAGAUGAGCGUGACGGAGAACGGUCUUGAGGACUUCCAGAAGGCUCUGAAGACCUACGCAGACACCACCACCAAUCAGAACGACAACCUCCAUGUUUCCAUCCAGAAGCUUCCUGAGAAGAGCUGCUAUAUCAUCUAUGAGUUCUGGCAGGACCGUAUAUCCUGGAUGAGUUAUUUGCAGUCUGACGCAAGUAAGAUGUUCCAGCGCUGCAUCAUAGACAUGCUGGAGGAUCCAGAGAUCGUCUCCACGAUGCUCAUGCCAGCGUCCUGGUGGAUCAUGACAAACAACUAACAGCAGCAAGAGAAUACACUGCUGAAAAAUGACUCUGUUGUGUCUCUGAAUUAAUAACAGACCUUUAAAAUUGGAUGAAUCAUCUUUUUUUGUGUUGCAUUUUAUUGAUAACGUCUGUCUGAUAGUUCACUGAAAACAAAACAUGUUACACAGGGUUGUGCAUCAUUCAGAACUGAAUUCAGAAUUUAUACAAAUUUGCAAACAGGAAGCAAAAAUGUUUGAAUUCAGAGAAAACAUAAAGAAAUUGAUAUAAAUUCUGUAAAAGUAUUUAAAAUUGUAUUAUGUUUAAUUAUUGAGCUAUUUAAAUUUAGAGAAAAUUCCAAUACAUUUAAUUUAAAUGCUUUAAAAGUGUUUUAUUUCUAUAUUCUAUUAUGUUUAAAUAUUUAGUUAAUACAAUUUUGAAUUCAGAGAAAAUAGAAAGAAAUUCAAAUAAGUUCUGUAAAAUGAUUUUACUUUAAUUAUUUCUUAUUUUCUUAUAUUGAAUUAAAUUAUCUACAUUUUGAAUUCAGAUAAAAUUCAAAGAAAUUAAUAUAAAUGCAAAAUUAGAUUAUUUUAAAUAAUGUUUUUCAUUAAAUUUAAUUAUUGAGUUAUUUAAUUGUAUUAAAAUAAAAUUUAUUUUAUUAAAAUGAAAUUAAUUUAAUUGCAUUUUAAUUUUUAUUUAAUAAGCUGCUUUUCCUUUUAUGGACUAUAGUGAAUGAACACUUAAUUUCACAGAUUUACGAUAUAUCAAUAGAUUCAUAUUUUGAUGGUAAUAUUUAUUUUGCAUUAUUAUUUGUUUUUAUAUCUAAUCAUUAUUUUUAAGUUGUCUGGUGUACAGUUUUGUGGUAAAUAUUUUAAUUGGUUUGAUAAAAGUUAUCUUAUCUACAUGUCACGGAAUAAAUAAUGCUGUAAAUAUGAAUGUUUUAUAGCUUAUAUUGAAGAAAUUAAUUUCCCUAUAUCUGUAUUGAAUUUUGAAUUUCUUUGGUAUUGCAUUUGGGUAGAUUCUCAAUUCAGCAUCCAAUUCAGAUUCACACUCAUGAAUGGAACGGAUCUGAAUCAUCAGCUCUAAAUCAUGCUCAACUCGACACUAACAGGCAUGGGUGUAAUAUUCCUCGCAUGUAUAGAAAAUCAAAGCGUAUUUUGCUCCGUUAUGUGACAAAGCUGCAGAUACAGCGAAUCUGAGAGCAGAACAACACAAAGAAAAACAAGAAUUCAUGUGUUCUUGUAAAUAAUUAAGGUAACACUAGCAAAAUGAUCUGCUAGUUAAGUAAAUGAUGAUUUUCAGGUGAUCUACUCCUUUACUUUGCUACAUAGACACUCAAAGAUCCUGGUUUGACUGAUUUAUUGAACAUGGAAACCUGCUCGUUGUUGUACUAUUUAUGCAUCUUAACUGAAAAACAGAAACUUGACCUUUUUGUUUUAGUUUGUUUCACCUUAUGUGGUUUAGUGCAUUGAAUGAAAAUAAAAGUCGAACAAGUA